CUUGUUCGGUAAAGUCGUCGUCGUCACCGACAUCGACGUCAUUGCCGUCAUUGACGUCGCCGUCGACGUUGUCGUCGUCGCGGUUGCCAACGCAGUUACCGUCGUUGACAUCAUCUUCGUCGCUGUCGCCGUCGCCGUCGCCGUCGCCGUCGCCGUCGCCUUCAUCAUCAUCAUCAUCAUCAUCAUCAUCAUCAUCAUCAUCAUCAUCAUUAUCAUCGUCAUCAUCAUCAUUAUCGUCUUUAUCAUCAUCUUCAUUGUCACUAGUGUUACAAAGCGCACAUUGUCAUUGUUUAUCUUGGUAUUUGGCACUAUUAUUCUUGACACGGUCUAUCGUGGAAUGGCAGCUGCUUCAAAGAAAAACCACUCACGCAGAAGAUUGGCUGCCUUAACAUUCCUGUCUAACAUCUCUCUCGACGGCAGUCACCGGGAUACAAGAUUAGCUGUACUAUCGCGAAAUGAACCGACACACACAUGUAAAGUUAGCGAGAGCCAGUCAGAUCAACAAACAGUGAUUGAUGCAUGUCAAAGCACUGAAUUCGAAGUUCACUCUAUGGAAGAGAUUUUGGAUGAUUAUCCGGAAGAGACACAUGAUUUCCUGCAAAAUGAAGUUAUAGAGCAGACUAAUUUCGUACAAUCGCAUAAAUGUGUUGAUCAUAACUCUUUUAGUUCCGAUUCCGAUGGGUUACUCACACCUGCCAAGGCAGCAGUCACCAUGUUUUUAGAACAGGAAAGGAAUCACUUGCAGUUGUCUUGGGGAAUACAUGGUUCUUUCAGAGAACGAACGGGUACUACCGGAAGUGACUACUCCUUACCAGAAAGACGUGUGGGCUCUCUACAAUAUAAAAAACGUAUAAGUCAUCAAACUUCUACGCUUUCGGAAGACAUUAAACAUCAGUACAAUAGUAGCAACGAAAGCAUUGGCUCUGUACAGUCAAAAGCACAAUCAAAACCAAAGACAAAGGCAGUGAACACUGUACAAUCUGCUCCUACAAAUAGUAGCAUAAUACCAGAAGUUACCAAGGAAUUACGUUUGAUGCAACGACCUGUAAAUAACUAUAAAUUUGGUGAUGAUAGACUGAUUCUGGUAUCAAAUCAACAUGUGCCAUUUGUAAUAUUUUCUGCUAUUCCAUAUAAUAAAGGACAACGCUCUAGUUGGUCAGAAUUACGUAAAGAUACAUGUCGAAGAAAAAAUGUAUCAUCUCAGAGACCACUCUCAGCAAUUAAUGAUAGUAUUGACCCAUUUAGAUUGCUUGGCAUAGAGCAUGCUAAAGAUGGUCAGGAAAUAUCUUAUGGGCAAUUACUUGUACCAUCUAGGCAAUUUCAGAGAGAUAAAAAGUUGAACAUAAGUGAAGAUGAAACUAUGGAAUUCUCACUUAUACCUGCUAAACACGUGGUACAAAGCAGAUUCCUGUUUACGUCAUAUCGUUAAGACCGACCGAAUAACCUACUUACGUCAAGUUUUUCUUAUCUUCCCUACCCAUCCUUGAGCGCAUUAUUAUUUCAUAUUUAUUGUAUAAAAUGCACAGCUUAACUCGUGACUGUAUACUAAUAUAUACAGGGUGUCCCGUAAUAAUUAGUAAACCUUACAG